ACCAAGGCAUUGCAUCGAGAGGAGCGAAAUUGCAUUUAUAUCUUGUGCUCUGGUGGAUCUGUUUUGAGGUUAAUCUUUUUGGAAAAGAAAACAUGACGUCGCCAGCAAAAUUCAAAAAGGAUAAGGAGAUCAUAGCUGAAUACGACACUCAAGUUAAAGAGAUCCGUGCCCAAUUGGUAGAGCAGCUGAAAUGCCUUGACCAACAGUGUGAGCUUCGGGUCCAGUUACUGCAGGACUUGCAGGAUUUCUUCCGCAAGAAGGCAGAGAUUGAGAUGGAUUACUCAAGGAAUUUGGAGAAGUUGGCUGAGAGAUUCCUGGCUAAAACUAGGAGCACCAAAGACCAGCAAUUCAAGAAGGAUCAGAAUGUGCUAUCACCCGUCAAUUGCUGGAAUCUCCUGCUAAAUCAAGUGAAGCGGGAGAGCAGGGAUCACACCACCCUAAGCGACAUCUAUCUCAACAACAUCAUCCCGCGCUUUGUCCAGGUCAGCGAAGAUUCGGGGCGCCUAUUCAAGAAGAGCAAGGAAGUGGGAUUGCAGCUCCAGGAAGACUUGAUGAAGGUCUUGAAUGAACUCUACACGGUUAUGAAAACCUACCACAUGUACAAUGCCGACAGCAUUAGUGCUCAGAGCAAACUGAAAGAGGCAGAGAAGCAGGAGGAAAAGCAGAUUGGGAAGUCAGUGAAACAAGAGGACAAGCAGACGCCACGCUCCCCUGACUCAACUUCCAACGUCAAGUUUGAAGAAAAACAUGUUCGGCGAAGCUCUGUCAAAAAAAUAGAGAAAAUGAAGGAGAAGCGCCAAGCAAAGUACACAGAAAAUAGACUGAAGGCUAUUAAGGCAAGAAACGAAUACCUGCUAGCUCUGGAAGCCACCAAUGCAUCUGUAUUCAAGUAUUACAUUCAUGACCUGUCUGAUCUCAUUGAUCAGUGUUGUGACCUGGGAUACCACGCUAGCCUCAACAGAGCUCUCAGGACAUUCUUGUCUGCUGAGCUAAACCUGGAGCAGUCAAAGCAUGAGGGUCUGGAUGCCAUUGAAAACGCUGUUGAGAACCUGGAUGCCAACAGUGAUAAGCAGCGCCUGAUGGAGAUGUACAACAACGUCUUCUGUCCGCCCAUGAAGUUCGAGUUUCAGCCACAUAUGGGUGAUAUGGAGUCGCAGCUGUGUGCCCAACAACCAGUCCAGAGCGAGUUAGUGCAGAGGUGCCAGCAACUGCAGUCUCGAUUAUCUACACUUAAGAUUGAAAAUGAGGAGGUUAAGAAGACCAUGGAAGCUACACUCCAGACAAUCCAGGAUAUUGUCACGAUAGAGGACUUUGAUGUCUCUGACUGCUUUCAAUACAGCAAUUCUAUGGAGUCUGUUAAAUCCACUGUCUCGGAAACGUUCAUGAGCAAACCGAGCAUUGCCAAGAGACGGGCCAACCAGCAGGAGACGGAGCAGUUCUAUUUCACAAAAAUGAAGGAGUAUCUGGAAGGCAGGAACCUGAUAACGAAGCUCCAAGCCAAACACGACCUUCUUCAGAAGACCCUGGGAGAAAGUCAAAGGACUGACUGCUCCCUUGCCAGCGGCAGGCGCAGCUCCACCAUACGGAAGCAGGAUUCCUCACAAGCCAUUCCUCUGGUCGUGGAGAGCUGCAUACGGUUCAUUAGCAGGCACGGUUUGCAGCAUGAAGGGAUAUUCAGGGUGUCUGGGUCACAAGUCGAAGUAAAUGACAUAAAAAAUGCAUUUGAGAGAGGGGAAGAUCCAUUGGCUGGGGACCAGAAUGACCAUGACAUGGAUUCAAUAGCAGGAGUACUGAAGCUGUAUUUUCGAGGGUUGGAGCACCCUCUGUUCCCCAAGGAUAUCUUUCAUGAUCUGAUUGCCUGUGUCACAAUGGAUAAUUUACAAGAGAGAGCGCUCCACAUCCGGAAAGUGCUUCUGAACCUGCCGAAGACCACUCUGAUUGUAAUGAGAUACCUCUUUGCAUUCCUCAGCCAUUUAUCUCAGUUCAGUGAAGAGAACAUGAUGGAUCCCUACAAUUUAGCCAUCUGCUUUGGGCCAACACUGAUGUCUGUGCCUGAAGGUCAUGAUCAAGUCUCUUGCCAAGCUCAUGUCAAUGAAUUGAUCAAAACCAUCAUCAUCCAACAUGAGAAUAUCUUCCCGGGACCAAGGGAGCUGGAGGGUCCAGUCUACAGCGGAGGUGGAAACACCGAGGAUUACUGUGAAAGUCCUCACGGAGAGCGAGCCUCAACAGAAGACUCCGUUCAGGACGUUACGGCUGAACACCACACCAGUGAUGAUGAGUGUGAGCCCAUAGAAGCAAUAGCGAAGUUCGACUACAUUGGCAGGACUGCACGAGAGCUGUCCUUUAAAAAAGGAGCUUCUCUCUUACUCUAUCAGCGGGCCUCAGAUGACUGGUGGGAGGGACGCCACAAUGGAAUUGACGGCCUUAUUCCUCAUCAGUAUAUCGUCGUUCAAGACACUGAGGAUGGUAUCUCUGAAAGAUCCAGUCCGAAGUCUGAAAUAGAAAUAAAUUCUGAGCCACCGGAAGAAAAAGUGACGGCUAGAGCUGGUGCCAGUUGCCCAAGUGGGGGCCACGUCGCAGAUAUUUACCUUGCAAACAUCAACAAGCAAAGAAAGAAACCAGAGUCAGGCAGCAUCAGAAGAGCCUUCCGUCAAAGUGACAGCCAUGGACUAGGUAGUUCAAUGGCAGAACCAGCCUCCCCAGGAGCCAUAGCCGGUUCCAGACCCUCAUCUCAGCCCAUUAUGAGCCAAAGUCUUCCCAAGGAGGUUCCAGAUAAGUGCUCCAUCAGUGGCCAUGGCAGCCUCAAUUCUAUCAGCCGACACUCGUCUCUGAAGAACAGGAUAGACAGCCCGCAGAUCCGGAAAACUGUGACAGCAGGGAGGUCCAAGAGCUUCAACAACCAUCGGCCCAUGGACCCUGAAGUUAUUGCACAGGAUAUUGAAGCUACUAUGAACUCUGCUCUGAACGAGCUGCGGGAGCUGGAAAGGCAAAGCAGCGUAAAGCACACGCCAGAUGUUGUCCUCGACACCCUGGAGCCUUUGAAAACGUCUCCAGUGGUGGCCCCCACCUCGGAACCUUCCAGCCCUCUGCACACUCAGAUCCUCAAGGACACUGAACCAGCUUUCCAGCGCAGCGCUAGCACAGCCGGCGACAUACCGUGCACCUUCAGGCCAGUGAAAUCGGUCAAAAUGGCCACCCAGGUGAAACCUCCGGCCACUCGGCCGAAGCCUACAGUUUUCCCCAAAACAAAUGCCACGAGCCCCGGCGUCGCCUCCUCUGCAUCUCAGCAGCCUACUGACAAGUCCUGUACUGUCUGA